GCUGGAAACUUUGGAAGAAACGAACGUGUGAGCUGUUGGAAAUCUACAAAGCAGAGCAAAGAAUCGAAAGUGUACAUACUAUAUGGUGCAGCUAUAUACUAAAUAUAGCUUAGAAGUCAAUUUCUUAUGAAUAUUUUAUAGAAAUCGGAAAAUAUGGAGAGUUUCUGGCAGGAAUUGAAAUCGUUGCUGAAGACCCUGCUCUGCUUUGUGGUUGCUUUGAUGCUGGUGCCUCUAUUGCUGUUAUCGCUCCUAUGCGCUCACUUUGGCAACGAACUAUCCAACUACGUGCUGAGCAUCAAGUACCCGAACCUAACCAUCUCAAAGUCCAAGAAGAUCCGGACUUUAAUCGACACGCCAAAGAAUGCGGGCAUAUUUCACUUUCUUCUCCAAGUGGAGGGAGAUUGUGACUUCGAGCGGAUCAAGAUGUCCUAUGCCCAGUAUCUAACUGAUGUGAGGGAUAAAACUGGAAUGCUAAGGUUCCCCAAGCUGCGUCAAAAACUCGUCUCUUGUUGGGGACAUUAUGCGUGGGUGAAUGAUAGCAGUGGAUUCAACAUCAAUAAUCACGUCCUGCUCAAUACCCACAAAUACCGAGGACGUCCAGUCACCGAAUCGAAUAUUCAGGAGUAUGUUAGCGAACUGGCCACCAAGUAUAUACCCUCCGAUCUUCCCCAGUGGCAGGUUAUUGUGAUCCCGAAUGCGGAGAACUCCCAACCCUACUAUAUCCUCAUUAAACUACACCACCUAAUAAUCGCUGAAGAGGAGGAUCUGCAUGUGAGUGAGAUGCUUCUGCUCCAGGAUCCACAAAAGAAAAUAGAGAUGACCCUGAACGAUGGAUUGAGUCAGAGUUCGAAUCAACAACUCUCACGUUUUGUACGCAAACCCGAGCACAUCAGCAGAUUGAUUAGUCACAUAAUGCAUCUUAUCAUAUGCCGAUGGCAGAAAUUCAUCUAUGAAUUCGAAUCUCUCGAAACUCCGGAUGGCUCCACUUCUAGUAUUCAAGUUAGAAGCCUCAGUCAGUUGGCUUCUUUGAUAAUAAUUGUUCUGGUAAAUGUGAUUUUGGGUUAUAUAAGGAGUCGUUCAAUGCUCAAGAAACUCCAAAGACGUUCAGUUAGCUAUCGAAAUCCAGUGGGUCGUUUUCAAACUAUACGAUUGCUUUUGAAUAGGGAGUUAGAGCAAAGAAAUCUCAAUUGGUGGGUGGCCAGAAAUGCCGUCUAUAACAGUUUGCAGCCUACUAAUUUGGCCAAGGUUUGGACCCGUUUUCUUUGGCGUCUUAAUCUCAAUCAUGUUUUGCUUCUACCCUAUCACAUAUACUGCGAAUUACUGGCAUUCGGUGACGUCUUGUUUAAGGGACAAACUUCGUAUAGUUCAACUUAUUGUGCUAGACUUCAUUUAUAUGUACCGCUCUUACUCUACGCUCACUUGGAGUUCUUCAAAAUUCUUUGGGAGCUUUUCCAGGCUCCAAGAAACAUUUAUGAGGUCCUUUUCGAGCAGCCAACUAAAGAGUUGAAUAUUCUGCAUACCAAAUCAUAUGCAGGCAGGAAAAUUGUCUCUUUUGGGCGGUCAAUAAAUGGCGCCCAACUAAGGACCCGCAAUGAGGGUAAGUUCAGUAAUAAUCUCAGAGAGUCCGAUUUUAGUUUGACUUGCCUAGCAGGUGCGGUCCACGAUUACUUUGAAACAUUCUCAGGAGACUUGAAAGUCCCCAAUUUCCUAAACACCACUUGUAGAACCAUAGAUAAGGGAUAUUUUACAGAUCGAAUUGGGGAUAAAUCCGAAAAUAUUGGGGGCGUGGUCUUUUUACAAUUGCCUUUAAGAAAACCUGAUGCUAAUCAUGCUGGAGAACUUCAUCAGAUUGUUGAGAGAAUAAGAAAGCAACAGAUCAUAAUAUAUUUAGCCUCUAUUGGUCAGACAAAGUACAGUCUUCUCACAUCCCUUUUCCCUCAUGUUAUUACGAAAAUUUUCAUUAACUUCUUCUCAUAUAACUUUCCCAUCACAAUCACUGAGAUCUACGGAGCCAAUGAUGAGUUUCAAUCGGCUUGGGGUCAAAAAGUUCAGGAUGUCCUCCUCUUCCGGCCUCCACAAUCGAAGACCUGUCUUUCCCUAAAUCUACAUCGCUUUGGUGACAAGUAUAGGUUGGCUGUGAUGGCAGAUACACAUCUAGCACCUGAUCACACAAUAAUCACAAGAUCUUUUGAUCAUUAUAUGGAAACAAUAACUCUAUAAUAAGAAAGAACCUCCUCAUCUUCAUAU